AUGUGGAAACUCGGCGUCGACUGCUACAAAAACAGACGAGGCCGCCGCGUCGCGCCGCGGCCGCGGCGGGGCGGAGCCGACUCGCUCUAUCCGUCCUCUUCUGACGCGGGGCCGCGCGCAUCCCGCAUCGCGCGGCGGCAAACGUCACUGAUGGACGCUUACGCUUUGUUUACGGCCGGUUCGAACGAACGAAUAAUCUAUUAUUUCAUUCGUGCGCGUAUUAUUGAUACGGCGCUCUCGGGCUCGUGCAAUAUUCAGGAGCCGAGCGGCGUACAGCCGUCUCCGUCCGGUGCUAGGCGCGAUAUCGGGCGCGGCCAAUGGCGUCGCGCGGGAAUCACUCGAAAGCAGCGAGGCCGGGCCGAAUUGAAUCAUUACGCGUUAUGGGGCGUUACGCUCGUAAUGGAAAAAACGACUACCUCGUAUAUGUAUAGGCGAGAGGACGAGGGCGAACGACCGUUUAGCGCUCGGCCCGCGCUGAGUGCGAUCUCUUGUAGCCUUCGCGCGAAGCGGACUCCUUUGAAUAAAGAAUGCGAAUGUUUUCACCGAUCUGCCCGCUCAAAGGAAACGACAUAA